UAGGUACCUAGGUAAGUACCUACCUACUAAUUAACGUACUAAUCUGCCUACCUGUACUCAUCCACCUGCCUACCUCUACCUCCUACCUACACCUUACCUACCUCUCUCCGUCCCUCUUUUUACUUCUCUCAUCCCGCCUCCCCCCCUCUCUCUCACUCUCCCUCUAAUCUCGUGUAUGUGCAUGGGUAUAGAGGCAUUACCUCCCCCCUACCUUACAUCCCUUACGCCGGCUCGCUCGCCUCCGCACCCUCGCACGCACCGUCCGUUGGAGGCACACCGCGAACGCGACAGCAUCGAUACAUAUCCUAAUCCGCUCUACUCUGUCUACACCUCGGGCAGCCUUAGGUACCUAUCUACUACCAGGCACCCACCUGGGUACAUAUCUCUCUCUCGCUCUCCAUCCUCGUCUCGCCAGCUAAGAAUACGUCGGUGCGAAGCCGCUGUACCUGCAUACCACGGCGCGGCUGAACACCAUCCCCCCCGUCUUGCGCCUCACCCUCCUGCGACCACCACCUCCCCGGCCCACCUCGCAUUUUCGUCUACCUCCCCGAGCGCGCCGAGGCGGCCUACACACCAUGCCGCCCCCUUCCAAACCGCGCCGCCGCCAAUUGCGCAUCCUCUGCUUUGGCGACUCGCUAACCUCGGGCUUCCCAGCCGCCCAGCCGUACGCUGGCAAGCUCGAGGAGACGCUCGAAGUGGCCCUCCGUGGGGACAAUGGUGGCGCUGGUGUUGAGGUCCAGUGCGAGGUCGAGGGCGUUCCCGGGGACAAGGUAACCAACGGCACUUACCUCUCCCGGAUGCGAAGCGCCUGGUCACCUGAAGAGUGGUACGACUGGACGAUCGUGCUGGGCGGCACAAAUGAUCUCGGGUGGGGGCAUCCCGCAGAAAACAUUCUGGCUAGCCUCAAGGACGUCUGGGACAUACCGCUGUCCAGGGCCGGCAAGGUGCUCGCGCUGACCGUUCCGGACACGAGGGUCCGCAUGGGAAGCCUCGUCGAGCGCCGCGGGAAGCUGAAUACCGCCAUUAAGGAAUAUAAGAGAGAGAACUUCUUUUACUACGAUCUGCACGCCGGGCUCCCUUACCAUGACAUGUUGCCGGCCGACCGCCCCCGGUACUGGCACAUGGACGGCCUGCACCUGACGGCCGAGGGCUACGACCUGAUGGGCGAGCGUAUCGGCGGUGCGCUCGCCCGCAUCCUCCACCUCGCCGAGGCCCAGGGCACCGAGCUCGUCCGCUCCCCGCUCUCCCGCGCCGAGCGCCGCGCCGCCGCCGAGCGCGCCCUACUCGAGGAGGAGCGCGGAGACCCCAAGCUCCUCAGCCAAGGCUACAUUGUCGUGCGCAAGGGGGACCUCGACUGAGAGGCGCCGACGUAGUUUACGGGGGCGGCGAUGACUGGUGCCGACGGGAUAUACACAUAUGUAUAUAUAUAGGAGGGGCUCGCGAUGGGUUUAGUUGAACGAUGUAUUUAUGCGUGGCCCGGACCACACUCUAAUACUUACCGGUAGUGCCAUGCCGCACCGGCCUCGGAGAGACCUGCCUAUCGCAAGUUUUGCCCCUGGCAUCGGGUGGGUGCUGGGGAACUACUAUUAUUACUACUGCGGCGGAUAGCUAGAGUUGGGUACGUUGACGAGGGACACAGACAGAGAGAGAGUAUGUGUGGAAGGAAGUAUGGGAGUUGGAGCAGGGAGCGACUCCAUCCGACUCGGCGCGACACGAAGAGACUCGACACGAUUUGGCUAGACUCUCGGGGGAGGGCAGGUUUACGUGAUGGUCCAUAUAGUUUUUUUAAUGAGCCGACUA